UCUAAUAAAACAUGUGAAGUAUUCAAAAUUACUCUCGAUGAGAAUGUAUUAGUUAUUUCUUCUUUCAUAAAAUGUAUUCUGCAUUAUCCAAUCCAUUAGAUAUAUUUCUUGUGCAAAUUUCGUUUAUGUACAUUUCGUCCGUAAAAAUAUAAUUAUGUUGAUUGCAACGAACAGAACAGAUUAAAUAAAACAAGUUUUCUCAUGCUUUUCCGCAUGAGAUCUAUUCGUGUAUAUAAAUAUGUAACUGUUAUUUAGAUAUUUAUUUAUUCUCGCGAAGUUAUGCGAUUAUUUUACCAUUCGUUAUAUUAUAUAAAGAUAUAAAUCAAUAUGAUAAUUAAAUUCAAUCGACUAUACAUACUGUUCCAUUUACACACGUGAAGAGUAAUACAUUGACUUUGCAAUUAUACUCAAUAAAUUCUUAUCUCUGGACUAUGUUUAAUAAAAGAACAGUGAUACUAAGAAUAGAAACGCAAUAGAGAUACAAAGAAUAGAAAAGAGACAAAAAAUUUGCUUGAUUGAAUAAAAUUUUUAUGAAAUCAAAAACUAUUUAAUCUUCAAAUAUAAGCACUAUACCGAGUACAUAUACUUUCUGAUCGCGGAUGUAAGUAAAUGAAUCAUCGGCUAACCAUCAUUUCAAAUUUCCAAAUGGUUACUUGUAAGAGAGUAGAAAUUCGUUUGUAUCUUAUUUUGACAAUUCGUCAUACAAUUAAUUUUUUCCCAGUUUUCCCAGUAAAAGCCUCUUAUAUGCUUCGUACAUAUAUACUUGUCCUCAUCUUAUUCUUCAUAAUAAUUGCUUUUUAUUCAUAUUUUUAUUGAUUAAUCUAUUUACUGGUACAAAAAGAACAUCUUUCUUAAGAGGUAUUAAUGUAUUUAGUACGACAUUAUAAUUUCAAUUAUAAGAGAUAUGAUUAAUAGUAAAAUUGUGGGUGUGACGAUUAGUAAUUUCACGGAUUCAUUUGACGUAACGGGAUAGCCCUCAUAGUGCAAAUAAAAAUAAAAUAUAUAAUGAACGUGUUAGUGCUAAAAGUCACGUAAUUCAAUAAAUAUCAAUUCUUAAAUGAGAUUAAAAUAAUCAACUAGGGAAUUUUGAUUACGUAAGGAGAAAAUAAGAAUAAAGGAACUAAAACAACAUUUUUUAAAAAAGUACAAUAAAAUUUCUAAUAAUGCGAUUUCUUAAAAUUUAGUAGAUAGAUGUCUUCAAUGAUCAAGGCUAUCAACCGAUACACCUACACACAAAAUUCCAUUAACGGUUCAUAGAUUCGCAACUUCGCAUACCAUUGAGUCAGUUCCAUGAAUAACUGUUAACGGAUAUUCGUAACAUAAGUUUCGAUUUGUGUAACCGAUGGUCACUCUCACCUUCCAUAUAAAAAAUUUUCAGAAACAUAUAUAUUAUUCAUUUGAUAAAUGGCAACAUAAAAAAUUAUCUUUUACUAUUUAUACAUCGUGUAAAAAUGAAAAGAAUGUCAUGAGUAAAUUUUGCAAUCAGACACUUCGCAGACGGUUGCAAUGACUCACUGCAACCUGUCGCAUCAUAUAACACUGGAGACCAGAGAGGGUCGAGAUACUUCAUGCCAUGCCGCUAUAUUAAACAGUUUCUUUAACUUAAUUAUACAGAUCUGCUGACAUCUAAUCGUUCCUCUGAAUAAAAAUUAAAAAUAUAAAUAUUUAUGUGAAUUAUUACUUUCGUAAUAACGAUUGAAUAUUAGAUUUAAAUUGUUUUUUUUUAAUUUUUUAAAUAGUUCAUAAAUUUUUUAAUAAAGUAAGUCAGUGAAGAUAAAUCACUGAGACUUCCAUAAGAAUUAUUUGAGAGCAAGAAGGAUUGAACAAAAUGCAUCGAUGCACGAAAAACAGUGCUUGGGAUGCAACCGGUACGUACACGAAGAAGUAAAUCAGAGGGUAGAUGAUAAUUUGACUGAUGACUGGUAGAAAUUUGUCAGAUUCAAAGUAUGAAAAGGAAAGGGACAUACGACGAAAGGAGAAAAUGAGAGAAAGAGGAGGCAAUUGAUGAAGAAAGGAUGAUUAGUCACGCGACGUAACAUGGUCCCAGUUCGAACGGGAGGCAGGACCCACUAGUUGUAAUUAUAGUUAUCUUUGCGAUGUUCUCGGAACGCUUUGCUUCAAGUCCUCCUCGAGCUUACCGAGAAAUGAGAGAGAGAGAGAGACGGUGCGAAUCGCCGUAGGACGAGACAAAACAAUACGGCCAAAGGUAGAUCAACGAAGAAAGAUGAUGAGAAAUCGGAAAAAGAGGGGAGGCAGAGGGCAUCGGGCCGAGGAUGAAAGUUACAUAUAUAUAUAGCAGGAGAAAGAAUUCAGAUCACAGAAGAGUAGUCGCAGUUCUCGACCCGGACAAUUGCGAGUGAAAUCAAUCAGGACGUGUUGAUUUUCAAUUAAAGUAGAAUUCUUCUUCGCCAAAAUCUCAUUUAAUACUAAGAAAGAACUGAAAAUAUGAGAAGCUAUAUUUUACUGUUUAUUUCUAUCCAUCUUGCCUUUGCUACAAUUGGCAGACAUCAUAGAGAUAGCGGAUUUCUGAAUCACGUGCAACUAGUGCAUGAAUUUCGGUGUUCCAUGCCACAACCGAGAGCUAUACCAGUGGCAGAACUUCUAACUGUCGGCCCUAGUCCGGACGAAGUUUUUUAUCCUGCCUCUACCGUUUUGACACGUUGCAAAGGGGCCGGAUGUUGCCCGGAUCCCAAACAGAUUUGUGCACCUAUCGAAACCAGAAACGUCAGUCUUGUUUUCAUGGUGAAACACACGAUUGACCGACAACGUGACAGGCAUCACGAAGUGAUACAUGCUUUGGAACAUACAAAAUGUGGGUGUGUCCAUAAAAGAAUGAUAAAAUUUGAUUGAUUCAUUCUAUUGAAAUUUUUUCUUAAAACAGCAAUGAAAAAUACUUAUGCGUUGUUAUAAGAAUAUUAUAAGUAGUUACUUAGUUACUCGUUAAAAAAUUGAAAUAUACCAAAAUAUUUAUAAUCGCGCGAUUAAAUAACAUUACAUAAUUAAUUUUAAUAUAGGAUAAGUUCCUCGAUUUAAUCACUCUUCAGGAUUAUUGACUGUGAUAUUUUUAUAACAUAAUAUAAAGCACUAUAUGUUUUUUUAUAACACAUUAAUAAAUGUUUUUGAAUAAUAUAUUUUUUUCAUAUUUAAUUCCUUCUCAAACACCUUUUGCUUUUACGAUACUUCGUUC